UUGGACCAAUGAUAUUUUGCACAACAGCCUUGACAAAAUACAAUUUUUUGGUGGGGCACAGACAGGCAAUCAGCAAGUGCAUCGAACACAUGAACAUUGACUUUAGAAGAGCCAAGAGUGAUAACGACAGAUCAAUUGUCCUCAAUUACGCCAGAACUGGAAGGACAAUUGCCACUGUAUCAACGAGCCUCAUGUACGCCGCUGGUUUUUUCUACCGGACAAUUUUACCCCUGACACGACCUGUCAUCGUUACAUCCAACAAUUUGACCAUUCGACCAUUGACAGCUCCAAUCUACGAUCCUCUUUUCAGUGCUUACACGUACAGAUCGUGGACCCUAGUGUUCAUCGGUCAAUGGUUCAGUGGCUAUGUGAUGUACACAACUGCUGUUGGUGCUUGUAAUUUGGCGACAGUCUUUGUUCUUCAUGCCUGUGGACAAUUGAAGCUUGUCAUGUCGAGACUGGAGAGCUGCGUCGAAGGAAGCAAACAUGUCCCAGCUAGUGUUGAAGACAGAGUUGCAGAGAUUGUAGAGCUGCACGUUCGAUCAUUAUGCUUUGCCUUUCGGGUGGAAACGAUUCUCAAUAAAGUAUGCUUCGCCGAAGUUGGGGGAUGCACGCUAGUUAUAUGUUUCCUUGGCUACUACCUGAUAACGGAUGUGAAUUCGCAUGAAACAGCAAUAUCGCUACUCACGUAUUACGUACUCAUAGUUUCCUUUACGUUCAAUAUUUUCAUUUACUGCUAUAUCGGUGAAUUGCUGACACAACAGGGAAUGAGAGUUGGCACUGUAGCCUAUUUAAUUGACUGGCAUAAAUUGCCGGUGUCAAGUGCUAGAGGUAUCAUGCUGAUAAUAUCAAUGUCUGCGUAUCCCACGAGUAUCACAGCGGGAAGAAUGAUGCAGCUGUCGUACAGCAGCUUUUUGAGUAUUAUGAAAACCUCGGUGGCGUAUCUGAAUGUUCUCCGAGAAAUGACAGAUUGAAUGUUUUAUAUUGUUAUUAUUAUAUCAAUGUUCAAACUGAAUACUUA